AUGGGCAUGGGCAAACGCAUCUACCUCUUUAUUGCCCCAGACGCUAAGAAAGACGAAGACGGCCGUGACAACUUCAACUCCCGUGCGCAGUUCAUUCUCUGCGCCAUGGGUGGUGCCGUCGGCCUCGGAAACCUCCUUCGAUUCCCCUCCGUCAUCUACAACAACUACGGGCUGCAGUUCUUCAUCCCUUACUUUAUAGCUUUGUUCCUGAUCGGUAUUCCCAUCCUCACACUCGAGAUUGUCAUGGGCCAGGCCUAUCGAGCCGGCUGCGUGACCGCGUGGAACAACCUCAACCACCGGGCCAAGGGCGUUGGGUUUGCCAUGGUCUUCAACGGUUAUUCUGUUGUCGGUUAUUAUGUCCCCAUCCUAGCCUGGGCCAUGUCAUAUUUCCGGCGUUCUUUCACCAGCCCCCUGCCUUGGGCUGGUCAGAACACCCAGGACUUCUUCUACGACGAUGUUGUGCGCAACCAAGCACCCGUCGGCGAUAAAGAUGAAGGAGACAUGCUCUUUUAUCCUGGCACCGGCAUCGUAGGGGAGACUGCCGGAUGGACCUUCUUCACCUGGUUCAUUGUCUGGAUGUGCAUGUUCAAGGGCGUCGGACUGACCGGACGCGUCAUCUAUUUCACCAUGGCCAUGCCGUUGAUCAUGAUCUUGAUUUUGGCUGUUCGAUCCUUGUCGCUCCCGAACGCGUCCGAAGGCUACCGACUCUACCUUGGCGUCUGGCGGACCGAGUCUCUCCAGGGGCCUGGUGUCUGGCAAGACGCUUUUGGUCAGAUGUUCUUCUCCAUUGGUGUCGGGUUCGGCUACUUUACCUCGUACGCAUCUUACAGCUCCAAAUACUCCAACGCCGUGCAGGACGCUUUCAUCAUUGCUCUGAGCAACUCGGCAAUCGAGAUCAUUGCCGCUCUAGCCGUCAUGGGCAUCAUCGGAUUCUUGCAAAUCGAGCCCGACCCUACCAACCGACUCGGCACCUUCAGUUCUGGUUUCUUCACCUAUCCGGAAGCCCUUGCCCAGAUGCCGGGUGCAAACUUCUUCUCGGUUGUCUUCUUCAUGACUCUCUUCCUUCUCGGUCUGACUUCCGCAUUUGCACUAUUCGAAGUCCUUGUCACCAUGAUCUGCGACACUGACUGGGGUAAGCGAGUACCUCGUUGGGUCGUGGCCACUGCCGUUGCCAUCAUGUCAUUCCUCAUCUCGUUGAUUUACUGCAGCGAGUUUGGAUUUUACUUCCUGGACGGCAUAGAUACAUUUGUCAACGACCUGGCUCUCUUCUUCACCGUCUGGUUUGAAUCCUUCUUCGCCACCACUCUGUACCGCUGGAGGGAUCCCGUGGACCAGGUCGGAUACGUCAGCUACUGUCUCUUCAACGGCGGCUACUUCCUGGCCCACUUUAUCGGCAUCCUUGUUGGUCAUCUUGUCAGCCCCCCAGCCGGUGCCGGCGUGGCAUUCGGCAUCUUCAUUGCCGGUGCUGUCUCAUCUGCCUUCUUCGGCAAGACACCUACGGUGGCGGCCCCUAGUUUUUGGGGGCGUAGUACCGUUCUGAGCCGUUUCUGGUACUCUGCAUUCUAUUCGGGCAAUCAGCUUCGUCGCGACAUCAACGCCUCCAUCCUUACCGGCAAGAACUGGCGCCUUCACUGGGCCUGGCCCGUUAUUCUGAAAUACCUGACCGCACCCGCUGUGGGUCUUGUGUUCUCCUUCGCGUACUCCAAGUUCCGCGACGAAAAGUUCGCUCAGGACCCGGCCUACCUAUACUCUUUCAUCCUCUUCCACAUGGUCAUGGUCUUUAUCGUCGGCCUGUUCAUAUUCCCACGGUUCUUCAACUGCCUCGUUCCCGCGCGAAGGCUCGAGGCCGGCGAGGGCAAGUACGCCGUUGCACCUCAGGUCUUCAUCGGCGAGACCGUCAUGCUCUCUUCGGGUGGCAUUGAAGAGGGCAACAGUAUAGAAGGGCGGCGGACGGACAGCGACGGGGCGUGGAAUGAGCCCGCUGUGACGCAGGAGAAGCCUAGUCACGGUUGA